CAGAGCAGGAGGUUGGGCAUCGAUCCCAUCCCCGCCACUGCAAUAGAAAGUAGCAGUCCAGGCUCGGGAGAAUUGAAGGACGAUGAGUGAGUUGAUGAAAAUGGAUUUCACCAAAAUAGUGAAGACGUGGGAGGAGUUGCAGCUGCGCAUCCUCGUCCUCGCAAGCCUCUUCAUCCAGUGCUUCCUCUUCGUCUCCGCACCCCAGCGUAAGCGCCGAAUCCCAGGUUUGCUCAGGUUCUUCAUCUGGCUGGCCUACCUUGGCAGCGAUGCUGUAGCGAUCUACGCGCUUACCACCCUCUCCGGUAGCCAAGAGAAAGACAGCCAUCCCGGCCCGCAGGUUUUGUGGGUGCCAAUCCUCUUGGUGCACCUGGGCGGGCAGGAGGCCAUAACUGCCUAUAACAUCGAAGACAACGAGCUAUGGAGGCGGCAUGUCCUGACAGCGGUGUUUAAGGUCACCGUCGCUAUUAACGUGUUUGUCAAGUACUACCCGUGGUCGUCGUCUCCUGACAUCGGAAUCUUCGUACCAGGACUGCUUUUGUUCUUGUGUGGAAUUACCAAAUGCGUAUGCAAGCCAUGGGACCUGAAGAGAGUGAGCAUCAACAGCCUCGUUGACGACUCUUCAGGUCCAGCAGAAAAGGGUGAGAUCGAUUCGCUUCACGAGUACCUACGAGCCGCAAUGCUAUAUGUCCGCCAGGCCGACCAUGGCAGCCUACAGCCAUCUGAUGGCGGUGACGGCGCUUGUAAAGUAGACGAAGUUUGGAAGCCCUACAACUUGUGCGUAGACGUUGCACCCCCGUACCCCGGCCGGCUUAGCUGCCUAAGACACCUGGUGCGUAACCAAGACGAAGCCCAUCGCUUGGUGCAGUCCGGUCUCUCUGCAACCUUCGAUCGACUCUACACCAAGGAAUCACUGAAGCUGCAUGACAUCUCGCCUUUGAACAUGACCAAUAACGUCGCCAUGAACCGCUGGAAGAUCCUUACCUCGGCUGUUGGUAUACGGACGGUAGCCGCACUUGUACUGCUGUGGGCGAUCGGUCUGUUCUACCACAGUAGUAGUCACGCGUACAACCACAUCGAUGUCACCAUCACAUAUGCCUUGCUAUGGUCUGCUCUUGUUAUGGAGUGUGCCAUCCCUGCCGUGAUGGAAUCCGUCGACAAGAUCAAGCGAUGGCGGCUCAACGCGAACCGGUGGCCCGAUCAAGUUGCGCAGUACAACCUCGUAGGGUACUUGGCCCGGAACAGGAAGCACUCGUGGCUCAUGAAGAUGGCGACCUGCCUGGUCGGCACGGACCUGCUCGACCAGCGCUGGUGCAUGGAGUCCUCCAAGUCAUCGCAUGAAAUCACCAAGCUCGUGCAUGGCCACGUCGCCGGAGGAUGGACGGAGGGUCACAUAGCGGACGCGGAGGCAUUCAGGGCCUUCAACGACUGCCGGGGGCAGUGGACUCUCGACAAGGAAGAGGCUCACACCACAUCGAAGCACCUGCGAUCGAGCGUGUCGAGGCCGUUCGAUGAGAGCGUCCUCCUCUGGCACCUCGCUACCGACUUCUGCUUCCACCUCCACCGGACGGCUUCCUCAUGCGAAGCUGCCCGCCGCCGGAGCAGGGAGAUGUCCAACUACAUGGCGUACCUCCUGUUCGUCAACCCGGAGAUGCUCAUGCCCGGUGCCCGGCGCAGCCUGUUCAGAGCUGCCUACGGCGAGCUCGCGGACAUGCUCGAGGAGAAUCCACGACACACGCCGCGGGACGAGGCUGGCCUCGCCCACAAAGUGAUCCAGCUGGUGAAGAGGGAUACCGAGGGCACGAGCAUCGUUCACCAAGCUUGGAGCAUCGCCGAGGAUCUCAUGGAUUUAUGCAAAGACAACGAUGAGAAAAUGUGGCGGGUGAUCCAGGGCGUGUGGGUGGAGAUGCUCUGCUUCUCCGCCAGCAGGUGCAGAGGGUACCUACACGCCAAGAGCUUGGGCACGGGCGGGGAAUACCUCUCCUACGUCUGGCUCCUCCUCUUGUACAUGGGGAUGGAGACCUUGUCGGAGAAGAUGCAGAGGACGGAGCUGUACGAGGACUGCACGGCGGCCGGCCGGACAUCAGCUGCAGCAACGGCCAACAAUGACCAGAAUGUUUGACAGAAGGUUACCCUACGUUAUAUUUGUCUCGGAUUGUCUCGUCGAUGGUCUCGCCGCUGCUGCUCUCUUUUGCGCCACUGUGUCUGUGUUCUCUGCCCAUGCGAAACGUAUGUCCCUACCUGCUGCUUGCAGGGUAAGUGUAACUUGUGGUUAUGAACUCCUAGCUAUAUGUGAACGUGUGGUAUUACCACGUAUUAUGUUUGUGUGUCUUGCUAUGUGUGCAAAUGUUUGUGUACUGUCGCUGCUUCAUCAUACCUUAGGACAACCACGUAAAAAUAUAAGUUCAAAAUC